ACCCGGGCCUCCGCCCGAGGGGUCGCGCGCCGGCGGGCGGCGGGGAGGCUCCGGUGACCCGGGGCAGCAGACGGCCGCAGCCGCGCGGCGGGCCCCUUCCCGGCCGCCCCCCCCGCAGGGCCGCCGGCCAGGACACGGCCGCCAGCUCCCGGGGCUGCACACAGGGGCGCCCGCCGCCCCCCGGAGCCCCGCUGGCGGGCGAGCUGCGCAGCUGGCGGCCGGACCCCCUCCGGCGUCUCAGGCUCGGGGGCCGCGGCGGGAAGGGCGGAGCAGAGCAGAGCAGCGGGGCGCCGCGGCCAGACGCGGAAGUCCCGCCCCCGCCGCAGGAAGCCAAUCCGGAGGGAGAGACCCGCGGCGUGGCUCCUCCCCCGGAAGCGGGGGCGUGGCGGGGCGUGGCGGGGCGUGGCGGGGGCGGGGCUCCCUGCCGGAAGCGGCCGCGGCGCGGUGGUUGGGGUCUGCGGGCGGGCGGGCCGGUGAUGGGCCGGCCCCUGAGCCUGCGGGUGCGGCCCGCCGGGGUGUUCGGCGUGGCCUUCGUGGCGCGCGUGGCCCUGGUGCUGUACGGCGCCUUCCAGGACCGGGCGCUGCCUGUGCGCUACACGGACGUGGACUACCGGGUGUUCACGGACGCCGCGCGCUUGCUGUCGCAGGGCCGCUCCCCGUACCUGCGCGCCACCUACCGCUACACGCCGCUGCUGGCCUGGCUGCUGGCGCCCAACGUGCACCUGUGCGAGCUGUUCGGGAAGCUGCUGUUUAUCAGCUGCGACGUGCUGGCCGCCUGGCCGCUCUACCGCCUGCUGCUCCUGCGCGGGCUGGGCCGGCGCGCGGCCUGCGGCUACUGCGCCCUGUGGCUGCUGAACCCCCUCCCCAUGGCGGUGUCCAGCCGGGGCAACGCGGACGCGCUGGUGGCGGCGCUGGUGCUGGCGGCGCUGUACCUGCUGGCGCGCGGGCGGCUGGCGUGCGCCGCGGUGGCCUACGGGCUCGCCGUGCACCUGAAGCUGUACCCGGUGACCUACAUCCUGCCCAUCGCGCUGCACCUGCGGCGGGGGGCGCCCGCGCCCGCGCCCGCGCCCCGCCCGCGCCCGCGCCCGCGCCCCGCCCGCGCCCGCGCCCGCGCCCCCGCCCCGCGCGCCCGUGCGUCCGCGCUGCUCCGGGCGCUGUGCAGCCGCGCCGUGCUGCUGUUCGCCGCGGUGGCCGGGCUCACCUUCUGCGCCCUGAGCCUCGGCUUCUACCGCCGCUACGGCUGGGAGUUCCUGGAGCACACGUACCUGUACCACCUGACGAGGCGGGACAUCCGGCACAACUUCUCGCCCUACUUCUACAUGCUGUACCUGACGGCCGAGAGCCCGUGGAGCCCUUCGCUGGGCGUCGCCGCCUUCCUGCCGCAGCUGCUGCUGCUCUCGGCCGCGUCCCUGGCCUACUACAGGGACCUCGCCUUCUGCUGUUUCCUGCACACGGCGAUCUUCGUGACUUUCAACAAGGUCUGCACCUCCCAGUACUUCCUCUGGUACCUCUGCCUGCUGCCCCUUGUGAUGCCGCAGGUGAGGAUGCCCUGGAAACGCGCCGCCGGCCUCCUGGUGCUGUGGUUCCUCGGGCAGGCCUUGUGGCUGGCGCCCGCCUAUCUCCUGGAGUUCCAGGGAAAGAACACCUUUCUGUUCAUCUGGUUGGCCGGUUUGUUCUUCUUCCUCGUCAACUGUUGCAUCCUAAUUCAGAUCAUUUCCCAUUACAAGGAGGAACCCCCGGCCGAGAGAGUCAAAUGUGACUGAGUAUGGUCCGGUUCUUCUGCCCGGCGUUGUUAUAUUCUGAUUGUCCCCCAAUGGACCAGAAGAGAGCCUUGGAAAACAUUUUUGCACAUCACUGUGCGCCCUACUGAACAUUGAGUGUGGAGCGUAGAACCCUGUUCUGGGGCAGCCCCGGGGGGCUCAGCAGUUGAGCACCUACCUGUCUUCCGCCCAGGGCGUGACCCUGGAGGCCCAGGAUAGAGUCCUGCCUCGGGCUCCCUGCACGGAGCCUGCUUCUCCCUCUGCCUCUGUCUCUGCCUCUCUCUCUCUGUCAUGAAUAAACAAAUCUUAAAAACAACAACAACCCUUUUCCAACAGAAAUGAAAAGGCACGGUUGCCUUAUUUGUAAAGGGGACUCAGUGAUUGAGGUCUGCCUUCAGGAAAUCUUCAGACUCAUUUAUCCGGGACAUGAUGGGAAGUCAAGGCUACUUGUUUGAAAAUGGGAAGUCUGAUGAAACUAUCAGAUGCUAAAAGAUUUUUAUAGAGAAAUAGAGGAAUGUAGUCCGAGACCUAAGAACUAAGCCGGUAUUUGUACCAGUUACACUAUAUUGCAGUUGGAAGCUUUUUCUUUUUAAAUCCUUCUCUAGGGAUCCCUGGGUGGCGCAGCGGUUUGGUGCUUGCCUUUGGCCCAGGGCGUGAUUCUGGAGACCCGGGAUCGAAUCCCACGUCAGGCUCCCGGUGCAUGGAACCUGCUUCUCCCUCUGCCUGUGUCUCUGCCUCUCUCUCUCUCACUGUGUGACUAUCAUAAAUAAAAAAAAUAAAGUGCCUUUAAAAAAAAAUAAAUAAAUCCUUCUCCAUAGCUGUGAAAAUUCCAAGACUGAUCCUAAUGUGCAGCUUUUAGAUGUCAAGUGUCAAAUAAUACCACUAUGCUUAGGAUGGGAGAGUUCAUUCUGUAUUAAAAGUGGGGGCUUAAAAAAAAGUGGGGGCUUAGAAAAAGAGGCCAAAAAUUUAAAUUGUAAUCAUGUUUCACAUAUUUGUUUGAUUAUUUAGUUUUUUAGCACUUAGUCUCAGUGGCAUUAGAAUACCAUUUGGUUUUUUACAGAAAGGAUUAAAUUAAAAUUCACCCAUCGUCAAACUUAAGUCAUUACAUAUUUUAAAAUAGCAUCUUGCUUUUGAUAUUUGAUAUUUGUAGUCCACUAACUUUAGGGACACUUUAGUGUUCUCUUAUAGCUCUUUGUUUUUAAUUUUCUGAUUGCCUGUAGAGUAUUUUUCAUAUGGAAUUUAAGUUAAUCAAAUGUCACAUGUUUUAUGAAAAUGAAAGUUAGUAGAUUUUAAGUGGUACAAAAUAUAAUUGUUAGUAAGGCAUUUCCCAGCUUAAAAAUACCCCACUUAAGAAAAUUCCAUGGUGAAACUAAAGACUUAUGUGGAGGCUCGGGAAAGCCUAAGAAGCAUCCUAAGUAGACAUUAGUCUUUUAGACCAGGAACUUGAGGGAGAGGAUGUAGAAAUCGGAGGCUUUGGUGAGCAGACCCAUUUCCUGUGUUACUAUAAUAUUUCUAGGGAAGAACUGCUUUCAACUGACAUCUUUCACGCAGAUGGAAACACUUUCAAAUGUAUACGUGGAAGCAUAAGGAAAGUGCCACAUACUUAGUUAACAAGUUUGUGUAGAAAUUGUCUUUCAACUAAGAUCUUCCUUCAAGGAAACAGAAACUUUUUCAAAUAUUUUCUUGGAAACGUAAGGAAAGUGCCAUAUACUUAACUCAGUGCCACAGGUCUGUGUAACAAGUUUCAAACAAGCAACGUAAAACAGUUUUUUUUUUUUUUUUUAACAUAGCCCAUCUUGGUUGGGGACUUCCUAACACUCUAAAAUGCAAUAGCAAUAAUAGGAGUUUGAGAUUAUGAUUGUGGUUUUAUUUUUUUUAAUUUUUAUUUAUUUAUGAUAGUCACAGA